CAGGGCCCUCCCCCUCCCGGCCCCCUCCCUUCCUCUUGCCGUCUCUCAGUCGCUCUGCAGCCUCCGGCGACUGGGGGGAUGUGAGGCCGGCGCCCCGGCCCCCAGCCCCGCCAUGAGCCCCCCGCUCUGAGGGCCGCGGCCCCUGGAUGCACAGUCCCCGCGCGGAUGGGACCCAGGUGACCCCGGGUGCCCACUGCCCCAGUCCCCCUGGCACAGGUUGCCCCAGGCCCCACGCAGACACGCCAGGCCCUCAGCCCCAGCCUAUGGACCUGCGGGUGGGCCAGCGGCCCCCAGUGGAGCCCCCACUGGAGCCCGCGCUGCUGGCCCUGCAGCACCCCCAGCACCUGCACCACCACCUCUUCCUGGCAGGCCUGCAGCAGCAUCGCUCGGUGGAGCCCAUGAGGCCCUGCCCACAGCUCUCCAUGGACACGCAGAUGCCCGAGUUGCCGGUGGGGCAGCAGGAGCAAGAGCUGCGGCAGCUUCUCAAUAAGGACAAGAGCAAGCGAAGCGCUGUGGCCAGCAGUGUAGUCAAGCAGAAGUUGGCAGAGGUGAUUCUGAAGAAACAGCAGGCAGCCUUAGAGAGGACAGUCCAUCCCAGUAGCCCCAGCAUUCCCUACAGGACUCUCGAGCCCUUGGAGACGGAAGGAGCCACCCGCUCCAUGCUCAGCAGCUUCCUGCCUCCUGUCCCCAGCCUGCCCAGUGACCCCCCAGAACACCACCCUCUGCGUAAGACAGUCUCUGAGCCCAACCUGAAGCUGCGCUACAAGCCCAAGAAGUCCCUGGAGCGGAGGAAGAAUCCGCUGCUCAGAAAGGAGAGCGCCCCUCCCAGCCUCCGGCGGCGGCCUGCCGAGACCCUCGGAGACUCCUCCCCCAGUAGUAGCAGCACACCUGCGUCAGGGUGCAGCUCUCCCAAUGACAGCGAGCACGGCCCCAACCCCAUCCUGGGCUCGGAGGCGCUCUUGGGCCAGCGGCUGCGGAGGCAGGAGACCUCUCUGGCCCCGUUCGCCUUGCCGACAGUGUCCUUGCUGCCCGCAAUCACACUGGGGCUGCCCGCCCCUGCCAGGGCUGACGGUGACCGCAGGAUCCAUCCAACUCUGGGCCCUCGGGGGCCAGUCCUAGGGAGCCCCCAUGCUCCCCUCUUCCUGCCCCAUGGCCUGGAGUCCGAGGCUGGGGGCACCAUGCCCUCUCGUCUGCAGCCCAUUCUCCUCCUGGAUCCCUCAGUCUCUCACACCCCCCUGCUGACUGUGCCCGGGUUUGGGCCCCUGCCCUUCCACUUUGCCCAGUCCUUACUGACCACCGAGCGGCUCUCUGGGUCAGGCCUCCAUUGGCCGCUGAGCCGGACCCGCUCAGAGCCUUUGCCCCCAAGCGCCACCGCCCCCCCAUCACUGGGCCCCCUGCAGCCCCGCCUGGAGCGGCUCAACCCUCACGUCCAGCUGAUCAAGAGGUCAGCCAAGCCGAGUGAGAAGCCCCGACUACGGCAGAUACCCUCGGCUGAGGACCUGGAGACGGAUGGUGGGGGAGUGGGGCCCCCGGGGGAUGACAGCCUGGCAUGCAGGGGGUCGAGCUCGGGGCAGCAUGAAGCCAGAGGCCCUGUUCUCCAGCAGCACCAGCAGGUGUUCCUCUGGGAGCAGCAGCGACUGGCCGGACGGCUGCCGCGGGUAGGCACUGGGGACUCUGUGCUGCUCUCCCCGGCCCAGGGCGGUCACCGGCUCCUGUCUAGGACUCAGUCAUCCCCAGCUGCACCUGCCUCGCUGCCAACGCCAGAGCCCCCCAACCAGGCCCGUGUCCUGCCCAGCUCAGAGGCCCCCGCCAGGACCCUGCCCUUCACCACAGGGCUGGUGUAUGACUCGGUUAUGCUGAAGCACCAGUGCUCCUGUGGAGACAACAGCAGGCACCCGGAGCACGCGGGCCGCAUCCAGAGCAUCUGGUCCCGGCUGCAGGAGCGGGGCCUCCGAGGCCAGUGUGAGUGUCUCCGAGGCCGGAAGGCCUCCCUGGAGGAGCUACAGUCGGUGCACUCCGAGCGGCACGUGCACCUCUACGGCACCAACCCGCUCAGCCGCCUCAAACUGGACAACGGGAAGCUGGCAGGGCCUCCCUGUGUCCUGGCCAGGCCAGAGGCUGUGAGGGUUCAGCUCACACACACCCGGCCUCUCUCCACAGGGCUCCUGGCACAGCGGAUAUUUGUGAUGCUGCCCUGUGGUGGGGUUGGGGUGGAUACUGACACCAUCUGGAACGAGCUGCACUCCUCCAAUGCAGCCCGCUGGGCCGCCGGCAGCGUAACCGAUCUGGCCUUCAAAGUGGCUUCCCGCGAGCUGAAGAACGGUUUUGCUGUGGUUCGGCCCCCAGGACACCAUGCGGACCGUUCCACAGCCAUGGGCUUCUGCUUCUUCAACUCCGUGGCCAUCGCCUGCCGGCAGCUGCAGCAACAGGGCAAGGCCAGCCGGAUCCUCAUCGUGGACUGGGAUGUUCAUCAUGGCAAUGGCACCCAGCACACCUUCUACGAGGACCCCAGUGUGCUCUACAUCUCCCUGCAUCGCCAUGACGAUGGCAACUUCUUCCCGGGCAGCGGGGCUGUGGAGGAGGUGGGAGCUGGCAGCGGUGAGGGCUUCAACGUUAACGUGGCCUGGGCCGGAGGUCUGGAUCCCCCAAUGGGGGAUCCUGAGUACCUGGCUGCUUUCAGGAUAGUCGUGAUGCCCAUUGCCAGAGAGUUCUCUCCGGACCUGGUCUUGGUGUCGGCUGGGUUUGAUGCUGCCGAGGGUCACCCAGCCCCCCUGGGUGGCUACCAUGUUUCCGCAAAAUGUUUUGGGUACAUGACGCAGCAGCUGAUGAGCUUGGCUGGAGGUGCAGUGGUGCUGGCCUUGGAGGGCGGCCACGACCUCACAGCCAUCUGUGACGCCUCUGAGGCCUGUGUGGCUGCUCUUCUGGGCAACAAGGUGGAUCCCCUCGCAGAAAAAGGCUGGAAACAGAAACCCAACCUCAACGCCAUCCGUUCUCUGGAAGCUGUGAUCCGGGUGCACAGUAAAUACUGGGGCUGCAUGCAGCGCCUGGCCUCCUGUCCAGAAUCUUGGGUGCCCAGGGUGCCAGGAGCUGAUGCAGAAGAAGUGGAGGCAGUGACUGCACUGGCAUCCCUCUCCGUUGGCAUCCUGGCUGAAGAGAGGCCCUCAGAGCAGCUGGUGGAGGAGGAAGAACCUAUGAAUCUCUAAGGCUUUGGAAUGGUUCUGCUGGCCCAUCCUGCCCUUCCGACCUGGUUCUCUUCUUACCUCUGGCAAUAGUACCUGCUCCUGGGGUUUUCAGAGGUCCUCUGGGCAGGUAAUUGUGGCCAGAGAACAGUCCCUUGACAGUCACUCCAAGGAGACUGCAAAGGCCCCUGGGUCUAGGAUAGGGACCAAAGAGGACCCUGAGGAGGCAGGCAGGGCAGCUGGCCAACCCCCUGUAGGGCUCUCCUAAAAACAGAGUCUGCCCAUGUGGGGUCCAGGCCCUACUGGGCCCCCAUUCCUCAGGACUGCACGGAGGACUGGCUCAGUCAGGCCCACCCAUAACCACUAUUCUUGGCGCUGUAGACCCUGGACUUUGCACACAGCCCCAGGCUCCACACAGAAAUGUGAACUUGGCCUCAGCCAGGGUAGCCCUUCCUAGGCUCUGAGGGCUGGAGUGGGGGGGAGGGAGAUAGGAGGAGCCAAGGGGUCCUAUAUCCCUGAGUGCAGGGGGAGUCCCUCCUCUUGCCUGUUUACUCAAAUGACUAUGGAAGCCACCCCAACCCCGCACCACCACCGGGCAGUGAGACAAAGCUCCCUUGAGAACAGUCAUCGUUAGGCCCCCUCUGGUGCCGACCAUCUCAGUGCCCUGGUGGAGGAGAUGGGUGCUCUUGGAGUUCCGUGCUUCCUGAUCCAAUGGUGCCAAACCCUCAUCUCCCCUCAGAAGCACAGUGUGACCCCCAGGGAUCCCUCGGUCACUGCCCCCUCCAGGAGUGUUCUCUUUCUGGGGUGUCUCCCACCCCAGCUCCAACUCCUGCCUCACAUAGGACUAGCUUGGCUGAGGGGGAAGGGGGUAGGAGAGUAGAUGCAAGACAUGGGGGAGGGGAGGCAGACUGGCAAAGUCAAGGCUUCUGGGGCCAAGAAGGAUAGUAUGUGUGUGCGAAUAUGCGCGAGAGUGUGUGUGUGCGUGUGUGCGUGUGCGUACAUGUCUUCCCUAGGACAACCAUACCCUGUGUAUGUAUGCAUGUUUUUGUAAAAAAGAGAAAAAAAUGGAAAAAAAUCUGAACAAUAAAUGUUUUAUUUGCUUUAAA